AUGUUAGAUUGCGAAAAAGAAAAUUAUUUAAUUGAUUUAUUCAAUGACCAUAUUGAUAAAAACGGUCAAAAAUCGGUUAUUCCAGUUACAAAAAUAUGUCAAGCUUUUAUAGAAAAAUUUCCAAAACAUGAUGGUGGUUUAAUCUCAGUUAAGAGUAAUCUUACGAGCUUAAGAAAUCAUGCUAAUGUUGAUAAAGAUGGUAGGAUGGUUAAAAAGGACGACACACCAACUCCAUUAAACCUACAAGGAUCUUAUAUUAGAACCUUUAACAUUAAUCAACUUUCUCAGGAGAUAAUAACUCCUGAAAAACCAGUCAAAGAUAAAGAGUUAUCAACUUAUUCAAAAUCAUCAUUAGGUUCCCCACCAAGAAAAAGAUAUGCUCAUGAAAUAAUAGGUUCUCCAAAUAAUAUUGUUUUUGAUAGUAAAAAAUAUGUCCUAGUAGAUUCUAUCAAAAAACUAUCUACUCCAACUCCAACCCCAACUACUUUUUCUAUAGAAAAAAAAGAAAUAGUUGAUGUUGAUAAUCUACCAAAUAUUUCAUAUAAUUCAAUACUCAACGAUUAUGGUGUUAAAAAUGAAACAGGUGUUGAUACUCCUAAAGCUCCUCUUAAAGAAGGUAGGUUUGAUGAUAUGGAUGAAACAAUUAAUACUAUCUCGAGUGGCUCAACAGUUCUGGAAGGAGCGAAUGAAGUUGUUUAUGAUACAUCAAAAAAUAAUUUUAAUAAAAUUCUCUGUGUCAUGAGCAAUUUAGUGGAUAUUCAGGUCACUAACAUGUUUGUUCUAUUAGUCCCAAAGCAUCCCCACAAAGAAUUGGUCGGUUGUAGUAACAAUAAGGAGAAUUGUAAAAUUGUAUUCCGAAUCAAGGAUAAAGUUGACUCGGCUUCAAUAAAACAAGCCUUAAGAGUAGAGAAAGAUAAGGAGAGAUCUUUCUCUCAUUACAUUAACCAACCAGAUAUUAUAGUUGGGCAUGAAUAUAAUAGAAAAUGGUUCGUGACAAGAAUUCAUAAAAAUCCGGUGGACAGUCCCAUAUUUUAUAAUUUCGAGGUGUAUUAUAUUAAUAAAGAAAAUAAUUCUUAA